UUCGGUGGAAGAAGCCGCUCGCGUGCGAUGUGGGCGCUAGGCCGCCGGGUCCUUGACUGGCACCACCUAUUCCCGCUUACCUUGGUUGGCUUGGCUAAGUGGACACCUGUUCUUGGAGAGCAGAAAGGGAAGACUGUUGCUUUGUUGUGUAAACUGACUGCAGCCUCCCAUGGAGGGAGUCUUAAGGAAUUAACUUUUGUUGGACCCAAAAACUGUGUGCAAGAGCCAGUGUCCAGGACACAUCUCGUUCAGAACCUUCCUGAGAAGCCAACCCUGGAGCAAGAGUCCUUGGGUCUUGAGACGGUCAUCAGUUCUCUUCAUGACAUGGGUUUCACUGAUGCCCAUAUUAAUGAAUUGUUCAGUAUACAGCCAGAUGCCAACCAUAAACAGUUGCUGGACAUCGUUUCAGAAUUUAUUCUCUUGGGUAUAAAUCCAGAGCCUGUAUGUGUAGCCUUGAAGAGAUGUCCCCAGUUACUGAAAUUGCCUAAAGCACAAAUGAAAAAGCGCUCCAGUUACCUGCGGAAGCUCGGCUUGGGAGAAGGAAAACUAAAAAAAGUGCUUUAUGUUUGCCCUGAGAUUUUCACUAUGCGUCAUCGGGACAUUGACAGUGUGGUCCAGGUCCUCAAGGAGAAGUGCCUGUUCACAGUACAGCAAGUUACCAAGAUUUUGUGCAGAUGCCCCAGUGUUCUUCGGGAGAGCCCCAAUGAGCUGGAAUACAAAUUCCAGUAUGCUUAUUUUAGGAUGGGAAUUAAUCAUCUGGACAUAGUAAAGACUGAGUUCUUGCAGCAUCCAAUAACUAAAAUCAAGCAGAGACACAUUUUCCUGGAGCGCCUAGGACGGUAUCAAACCCCCGAUAAAAAAGGGCAGACGCAGAUUGCUAACCCUUUCCUCAAGGACAUCCUCAGAGUUUCCGAAGCUGAGUUUCUGGCCAGGACAGCCUGUUCUACUGUUGAGGAGUUUGAGGUUUUUAAAAAGCUCUUGACUCGGGAAGAGCAAGAGGAGCCUGAGAGCGGCACGUCUGAUGAGGAGGAGGAAGGGGAGGAGGAAAAUGAGGAGCUGCUGUGAAGGAGACUGGAUGGAAAGGCCUGGAUGUCAACAAACACUCUCAAGGCUUUCACAAGCUUCCCUUGGAUCUUCUCAAGAUUUUUUUGCUAACGCUAUUUUGAUGAAAAAAUUAGGGAUUACCCUGGGAUGGAACUCCAUAACCAAACAGGAGAUGUUGUCGGGUUCUGUAUGAGGCCCUGCUCCAUCCUAAAUAAAAGAGCAGUUAAAAACCA